CGCAUUGCGGUGACAAGAGGUUUCUGGGUUUUUUUCUUGAGAAAGAAAACAUGGUUCCUGAACGCUCAGGAAAUAGGAUAUGAACGAUUUGCACGGCCAAACCAUUGACGUAUACAGACAACUUCAACUAUGGGACUGAUGUCCGUGGUAAACCGCCCGGCUCCGUUGCUAAACGUUAUGACCCUUUCCUUUGUUGUGCUGGUCCUCAUCUACAACGCCAGCAAAGACAACAUUUUAUCGGCCUCACCCUGCCCAACACAGAACAGUCAACACAGGAGAAACGCUGCUCACCCAUUCCGUAACUUGACAGUGCCCUCUGGGAACCCAGGAAGCGCCAGAGCUCCCUUAUCGACAUCGUCAAGAAAGACAUAUCCCCACAUAGAACGAGAACCUCCGCCCAACUCAAGACAUAAAGAGGGAUUUGAUCUGGAAUACUUAGAUCGCGAAGUCCAUAUAGCGAUGGAAACAAAAAAGGCUGCAAUACGUUUACUAGAUUCUCCUAUCUUAAACCAACAUCACAUGACGUAUUUGGUCGGACGCGAGCAGAAAUGUACGAAUAUGACUCCUGAAAUUAUCAUAACGGUUCCGUCUAAGUGGGAUAAUUUCGAAAAAAGGCGAAAGGUGAGAAACGGCAAUCAAGGAAAAUACGCCAGAGUACAUUCUAAGGACGCACUUUUGCUUUUCUUUGUGGGACUUCCUCCAGCGGACAUGGAAAAGAAUCAAACAGAAAAGUGGGCCAAACUACAGGAGGAGAGUGAGAAAUACACUGAUGUUGUCAUUGCAAAUUUUGAGGACAAGUAUAGAAACAUUUUGUUGAAGCACUUGUCCAUGCUUCAAUGGACGAUCCGCUUUUGUCCCAAGACCAAAUUUGUGCUUAGAACCGAUGAUGACGUGGGCAUUAAAACUGACCUUAUGAUGGCUUCUAUGCGUCGACAUAGAGAUGUGCGGCAAAAUUUCAUUCUUGGAACGCAACGUGUUGGUGACUCUCCAUCUCGGAGAGCAGAUCGACCUCGUUUUUAUCUCUCCAAAGAAGAGUAUGAACCCGAUACAUUCCCGCCCUACGUAUUGGGAGGAGCAAUAGGCUACCCCGUGUCCACUGUCAAGCUGCUGUACGAGGUGGCCAGAAGGACACAGAGCGUGUGGUUAGAUGAUGUUUAUAUGACUGGGAUCUGCGCCACCGCCCUGGGUAUUCCCACGUUUAACGAGAGGAGCUUUCAAUUCACACACUAACCCAGGAGUCACGUCAACCUUCUUGUAGUGUAAUGAUGAUUGCGUAAUUUCUUUUUGUGUCAUAGCACAUGGGAGUACGUUUGUGUGUAUGUGUGUGCUUGUGU